CUUUUCCCGUCUCCGUCGUCCAGUCCCUGCCGAACGUGGCGCUGCUCGUGACGGCUCACGGCGGACACAUCGCCUUCCUUCAGGGAUUGUUUCCACGUGGGGAAAAUUUAAUGGAGCGCCUGUUUGGCCAGUUUUUUCAUGCGGCGUUUGAGCACCCCAGAGACCUCAAGAAAGCAUGUAACAUCAAAGAGGAAUAGGAAAAAAAUCUGAAAUAAACUUCAAUAGAUAAGUUCUUAACCCCUAAGGGACAGCUGUAACUAAAUACAAAAAUAAGAUUAUACAACAAACGGUAAAUUGCAAAUUUUUAACAUAAAACACAUAGUUGAGAGAGCUGACAUUUUGCUAAAAAUGUGAAAUUUAUUGUGAUUCCAGGUGAAAAUUGUUGCUAAUUUGUUUAUUUUUUGUCAUAGUUUGUAUAUUUUUUUUCUUAAAUUUCAGAGCCAUUGCAGUGAAGUAUUUAAAUGUAAAUUAAUGAAGGCACAGUCAGUUUGAAGGACUUUGUUAAUAACCUCCAUUUCUUCUCGUGAACAGCCCUUUGGGUGAAAAUGAUUGGAGCAUGAAGUCUGUUGAUGUCAGCAACACUUGUAGUAACACCCCCCAGACACCAG